GUCCCUGUUCCAAAAAAAAUGGCCUUCACCUCAGUGAAGACAAAUUCUGUGUGUCUGACCUGGGAACCUCCUGAGGGGCUGAGUGAACCCCUCUCAUACCUUGUGACAUGGAGAAGUGAAGGAGACAAUAACAGUAACAGUCUCACAAUGUCUGGGCAUCAGAUUGUUAUUCAGAAUCUCACCCCAGCACAGACGUACACAUUCACAGUGGCCACCCUCUAUGGUGGCAAACAGAGUUCUCCUGUCUCUGCAACUGCUGUAACAGAAGUCCCUACCCCUGACAAUGUACAUGUGAAAGUAGAUCAAACUUCAGCAUCAGUCACAUGGAGCAAGCCAAAGAUAGCAGAAGAUGACGAGGUUUCAUAUGAAGUAAUCCUCAACUCUGAAGACGAAUGUCCAAAAGUCACUCAAACUACAUCCCUCCAGUGUUCAUUUGAAGAGCUAACGAUGGGCAGAGAAUAUUCCAUCAGUGUUGCUGUACAGAAAAAUGGGAUUGAGAGUAAAUCAAUCACCAAGACCAUCACAAUAGCAAAAUGUCAACCGACAAAGGAAUGUCACCCAGAAUGCUACCUGCUUCCAACAAAGAAGACCAAUAUUGGAGAAUUUGAAAAUGUUAGAAGAUGGACUUUUGGAAAAAGUGACUCCAGUAAAACAGUGAAAAACAUUCUCGUGGUCGGAGAAACAGGAACAGGGAAAACAACUCUCAUCAAUACCAUAGCCAACUAUCUGUUAGGGGUACAAUGGGAUGACAAAGUCUGGUUUCAGAUAACAGAGGAAAACAAAAACAAGUCCCAGGAAGAAUCUCAAACAACUGCUAUCACAGUUUAUGAGUUGUUUGUGGAAACAAGUUCUUUGUCUCUGAGAAUUAUCGACACACCAGGUUAUGGAUGCACUGAGGACAUGGAGCUUGACCAGAUGGUGGGAGAACAUUUGCAAGUAUUGUUUCAAUCUGAAGAUGGCAUUCAUGAAAUAAGUGCUGUCGGUCUUGUGGUGAGAGCAGGUCAGAAUCGUCUCACAGAAUUUCAGCGCUACAUCUUUGAUGCUAUUCUCUCCCUGUUUGGAAAAGACAUGGAGAAGAACAUAGUGGUGAUGAUCACACAUUCUGAUGGAAUACUUGACAGGAAUGUCAUAAAUGUUAUCAGAAAAGCAGACAUUCCAUGUGCCAAAGAGGCCAAUGGGGAUCCAGUCAAUUUUCUGUUCAACAAUCGACAAUCUGAGGACCACAGUGGGAGAGAGGACGUGUAUCAGAAAGCAUGGGGUCUGAGCUACAUCAGUAUGGUGAACUUUGAACGCUUUCUGGUCAAUGCUGAUAUAAAAGAGCUGAAGAUGACAGAGGGGGUUCUGAGAGAACGUAAACGACUGGAAGCCUGUGUGAACAACAUACAGGAUGCCAUCGAGAUGGAAGAACUGAAACAGAAGGAGCUAAAGCAGAUUCAGAGUGCCUUGAAAGAUAAAAAAGAAAAAUUCGAAGUUGAUGAACCGUACAAAGGACUGGAGCCAAUCAACCUGCCUUGGUGGUGUUUCACCACAAAGGCAACAUGCUGCCCCAAAUGCAAGGAAAACUGCCACUACCCAGGCUGCAGGUGGGUGACAGACCUUUCCCGGUGUAGUGCCAUGAAGAAUGGCAGGUGCACUGUGUGUACUGGAAAAUGCCCUGCCCAUAAGCAUGUCCGAGACGAUAUGAUUUAUGUUGCAAAGACACGGAAAGUGACACGGACGGCUCAGGCAGUGAGGGACAAAUAUAAAGAGCAGGCGAAUAUUAUGAAUGCCCUUGAAGAAGACCUACGCAAAUCCAAAAUUAAACAGAAUGAAUUGCUGCUGGAGGCCUACCAGAGCAUUUGCAAACUAGAAGAGAUUGCAUUGAAGAAGGACUCGAUGUCCACUCUCAUUCAUUUAGACCUCCUGAUUGAGAAGAUGAAAGAACUGAAAGAUGAUGAAAAAACUCAGAAACUUAUCCAUCUGAUGGAAAAAUAUGAUGUUUCAAACAAAAGAAAAAUUAUUCGCUGGAUGCAACAAAUCAAAGAGCAAACCACGACACAGUGUUAA